AUGCCGAACUGGCUGGCGUCGGAGCUAUGUAUGGUGGCGUCCUUUUCCCUGGGAGCUUGGAAGACCUUCAAGGUGCUCAAGCACGGCGGAACGGACUACAACCUUCUCAAAACCUGGUGCCUGCUGGGUCUUUUGCGAGUGUUUGAGGAGUACUUUGAGUUCUUGGUGUCAUGGAUACCGUUUUACUGGCUCGGCAAGUGCCUCGGCCUGGGGCUGCUCUACCUCCCCGGGGGAAACAUACCUACCGUGGUUUUCGAGCGGGUGGUCGUCUGGGGCAUGGACAACGCCCACCACAUCCUGAACAACCUCGUCGUGCCCAACGUCGUCGAGUUUGCCGUCUCCCUCCCGUGGCGCGUGCUGCUGGUGCUGUUCCCCACGAUGCCCGCGCCCUCUUCCGGAAGCGGCAGCGGCGCGGCGAAGAGGAAGAAGAAGAAGGCCGGGCGGGGAGAGGGGCUGCGGAAGAAGCAAGCGGCGACAGGAGGAGGCAUUACCUCUCAGCUGCAGCACCUCAACACUCCGACCAAGAAACGUGCCGCCGAGUCGACGCCGAAGAGAGCGGCUUCGGCGGGGGCGCCGUCGACUCAGCAGCAGACGCCCCCCCUCCCGGCGCGCGGUAGUCCGUCCAAGACGACACCGGUCGCCGCGAGGAACGGCGUCGCGAACGCCGGCUCGGAUAGCAAGCACGGCGGCGGCGGCGCUUCGGCCCUCGUGGCGGAGCUUCUGGACGCGGACGGUGGCACCGGAGCGGCAUCACGCGCCGAUGGUGCCGCUGCCAUCGCAACGCCGGUGCCGUUCGGAGAUGACAUCGCCACCAGCCCCGAAAGCGGCGGCAGCGAGAGGCGUGGCGGCGGCGGGCGCCCGUCGCGAAGGAGAUCGUUCGGGGAGAUCAUCCGGUCUGCGGUGACGGGAAACUCGGAGGUGCGCUUGCGGGACCACCUGUUCGACUUCAGCACCGCUUCCCCGGCCCCUCCCGUGCCCAGCGGCGGCGGCGGAGGCGUCACCAAGCCCGCGACGCGGGCGGCAAGCAAAGAACCGGUGGUCCCCAAGAAGGCGUCUUCGUCCGCCUCCACGACCCUACCGGCCGUCGUCAACGGCAAUGGCAAACGGCGAGGGAGAGAGAAAGUGGCGGUGGAUGGCGUCAUCCCCGCUCGAUCGAGGCACACGACGCGUCGACGGCCGUCCGAGUUCUCUGACCCCGCUGCUGAUGGCGGCGGCGGUGGCGGUGACGAGGCGGGCGGAGGUGGGUCGAGCGAUGUGUCAAGCAGGGUCGGUCGCGAGGGUGUCCGUCGCAGAAACGGCGGAGCCGGGGCCGGGGCGGCGGCGGGGGCGACCGGGCGGGGGACGGUGCGGGAGAGGAAGAACGCCUCCUCCUCGUCGUUGUCUUCUUCGAGCGCUACUGCGGCUCCUGGCAGCAGCAGCAGCUCAGCCUCUCGCUCCGCCAGAACAACCGCAGACAGGAGGGGGGGCGCCGCGACGGCUGCUGUCGCACGCGGAGGGCCUAGGGGCACCAGCACGAGGGCUGGUGCGGACGCCACGGCUUCUUCUUCUUCUUCUUCUGCUGCGGCGAUCGCCGAUUCCCGCGCGAAGCGGCUUGCGGAGUGGAGGAAAAAGCGGGCGGACAGGGCGAGGGAGGAGCACGCGGAGAAGUAUCGCAGGAGCAAUAAUAAUUUUGACGGCAGCGAGGGGGAGGGGUACGGGGCCACUCGAGGGGUCGGUGAUGGUACCGGCCGGGGCGGCGGCAAGGAGGAAUCUGUUGGAAGUGCUGGAGGCGGCGCCAGGACGAGAGCCAACGCCUCCGCGUCGGCGCCGGCGAACAGCCAAAGCCGGAGGUUCAGGCACGUGGAGAGGUUUCGUUCCGAGAUGGCGAGCAACGGGUUCAGGGCCCCUCAGAAUCCGCCGGAGGACGAUGCAGCGGCAGCGGCAGGGGCGGGGGUUUCUCAGAGGCAGAGGCGUGUGCCCUGGGCGUCGAACGGAACGAGCCGCGGGUAGCGCUGCACCGUUUUUCGUCGAUUUCAGCGGUAUAGCAGCAGGGGUUCGGGGGCGGGGGGGGGGGCUUGGUUUGGGAAGGGCGAGGGGAUCACCAGCUGUUGGAAUGUUGAACACGGUCCGUGGGGAUUGGUGAUAAAAGGGGAGUGGGUUGUAUGUUGUUCUUCUUGUUCGCUCGUGUGUACAGCAGUGCUGAGGUGGUUAAGUUUCGCUUGUUGUUUGUGGUGCGCAAUUUUGGUGCCAGGGUGCUUCGAUUGAGGAAAAAGGGGGUUUCCGCUGUGGAAGCGGCUCUCGCUCGAUCCGCGUUGAAAUGAAACAUGAAGAAAUUAUAGUUUUAAUAUAGGUGGUUCAGGCUUGUCUAGUGUUGGGAACGGCGGGACAGCUGAAGCACGUGCGUGAGCUGUUUGGCGUUGACCGAGGGCGAUGGCUGAAACACGUGCAUAAUCUGCACCAUAUCUAUCUGUGCGACAAGCCGUUCGUCGG